AUGAAUAGAAAAAUUAUCAUUUUUUCUGUUUUCCUAUUUUCAUUACAUUCUAUGUCAUCGCGUCAUGUUCAAAGGGACACAGGAGUGAAAAAUGACAAAAAGAAUGAUUUUCACCAAGGAAAGGAAACAGAAGGUAAUAAUAAGAAUUCCAUUUUAAAAGAAGGUAUAAGAAAUGUAUUCCAUGAAAUGAACGAAUCAGAAGAAAAAACUAAGGAAGAAUUAGAAAAUAAUAAUGAUGAAGAAUCAUUUAUUGCGCAGAGUUCGUCGAAUUAUUCCGAACAGGAUAAGAAAAAUAAAAAUAAUGAUUCAAAGAUUGAAGAAAAAACAUCGGAAAGUAUGAAAUUUUUUGGUCAAUCUUCAAAUGAUAAUAAUAGUGGAGGCGGUGAAGAAAUACUACAAACUGAUGUGCCAGCUCAUAAUGAAAAUGGUUCGGGUAUAGGAGAGCCAGGAAAUAAUGUUGAAAAUAAUCCAAAUGAUAAUAACAGUGGUACUAACACAACGGAAGCGAAAUAUACAGAUCAACUUUUUGAAGAAAUAAUUGCAAAUUUAAGUAAUAAAAAUGGAUCCAAUGAACAUAAUUAUCAUAAUGAAUAUAAUGAGUUUAAAAAAGAAUAUGACAUGUUUAUUACUAUGAAUGAAAAUGAAUAUGAAAUAAUUCAAAAACUACUUGAUGCCUUUUCUGUACAUAACACACAUAUUUGUAAAGAACCUGAUUCUGUAUAUGAAGCCAUUAAAAAAACUAUUACUGAUAAAACGUAUUGUAAUGAAUUGAAAACUUUUGUACAAGGUAUUUAUAAUUAUGCUAAAGGUCGCAAUAAUUUAAGAGGCGAAGGAACUAAAGGAGAAUUAUAUAUGACAUUAUUUGAAAAUCUUUUGAAGUUACUAAGUUCAAUUUGA